GUCAGAUUUGUGUGCGCAGAUUCUGCACGAGCCGAGCCUGGCCAGUGCCCAGGGCUAAGUAACCUUCCCUGUCCCGCCUCGGCCUGCCCGCAAGUGGGAGUCGCUCGGCAGCAGGGCCUUGCUGUGGAGUUGACCCGGGCGCUCUAUGGCAGAAAGAGAAUAUCCUGUAUUAAAAUUGUCCCAAAAUCUAAAAGAAGAAUAGUGUGUGAAAUAAUGGCAACCGGAGACUUAAAAAGAAGUUUACGCAAGCUAGAUCAAGGACUUCGCUUGUUAAACUAUCCUAGAGAUGUGGAUUACACAGGCAGUUUUGUAAAGGGUGAUCCAGCUGCGUUUUUACCCAUCAUCAGUUAUUCCUUCACGUCCUUCUCAACUUACAUAGCAGAACUUUUGGUGGAAUCUGAUGUAGAGCUCACGGCUAAAAGCGAUUUGCGUUUUAUUGAAGCUAUCUAUAAGCUACUUCGAGAUCAGUUUCAAUACAAACCAGUUUUAACAAAACAGCAGUUUCUCCAGUGUGGCUUUGCAGAAAGGAAAAUACAGAUUGUUUGUGACAUUAUCAGUGCUGUAAUGAAAAAGCAUAAGGAAUUAAGUAAUAUGAAUAAGGCUAAAUCUCAAACAAGAAAAAAAACCAGGUCUUUAAAAUCUGAGUCACAAGCAAAUUGUGAGAAACUUCUUGCUGAUCCUGUUAUUUGCAGGACUGUGAUUUCUCAGCAGAAACCUCAAGUGGAACGUCAUCCAGAUAGUGAAGUUAAUGUGCAUGGCUAUAAUACAGCCAUUCCAGUAGAUGAAGAUAGUGAAGAAGAAUCCUGUGUAGCUGAUGAUGUUUUGGAAGUUGUGUGUGAACAAGCCACAGAAGAUAAUAGUGAAAUCGAGCUGCUAAAGAGCCAGCUUGCUGAUUGCCAAGAAAAACUUCAUAAGCUAAAUUGGAUGGAAGAUAAACUACAUGUUUUAGAAGAGAGACUGAAAGGAAAGGUGAUUAUAGAUGAGAAGGACUGGAAUAAUCUCCUGAGCCGGGUCUUGCUUCUUGAAACAGAACUGUUAUUGCAGUCAAAAAAGAGUGACUUAUCUACAGAAUUUAACAAUAUGAGUGAAGACCAUACCUCUAGUAGGAAUAUGACUCCAAUUUCUCCUGAUAUUGAGAGGAAGGAGGAGAUGCCAGAGAGUCUUCAUCAGUCGUCCGGAUACAGUUCACUAUUAUCCACAGACCCAUCUCCUAAAGCCGCAACCAUUAAUUAUCAUGGUUUGACAGAGAUUUCAAAGGAGACAACAAGACAAAGAAUGGAAAGGAUAAGUAAAAUGAUUGAAGAAACUUCAGAAUUGCUGAAAAAUUCAAAGUAGCACAUCGUAGACAAUUUUCUGUCUAGACUUCUGGAUCUCAAAACUAUUAUGUAAAUUUGUACAAUUUUAAAGUUGUUUUGAAUAUAUUAUCAGUUUUAAGGACCAUAAUUGUUUUAAAAUUGUUUUUAUUUUACUUGAAUAAAUGUUUU